CUUCUAGCAAGUGACGCACUCUGCAACGCGUACCAUCAGCGUCUGGGUGGCACAACAGCAGCCGUGCGCAACUUAUGCAGAAGCCACGUCCUUUCAAAAGCAGUGCAGCAGAAGGCAAACCCCUACCAGCUGGCGACAUAACCUGUAAACAGUCACACCGUACCAGAUAGAGCAUUUAACACCCACAGUUGAAGUGGAAACAAUACGAUUAAUGAUCCACCGUAUUGAAUAUCCAUCAUUUUAGAAUUGUGUGCAAAAUGUCUGCAGAAGAAAUUGCUAUCGAAAAAUUAACCCUAAAUGGCAUAGCCGAGGAUGACGAUAUCGUUGAUCCAUGGAACGUACACAGUAAAAACGACGCUGGAAUAGAUUACGACAAGCUGAUCAAAAGAUUUGGGAGCUCUAAAAUUGAUGAGGAGCUGCUGGCACGUUUUGAGAAACUUACUGGCAGAAAACCACACCACUGGCUACGACGUGGAAUUUUCUUUUCCCAUCGUGAUCUAAACAUCAUUUUGAAUAUGUAUGAACAAGGAAAGCCAUUCUAUCUAUAUACCGGAAGGGGCCCCAGUUCAGAAUCGAUGCAUUUGGGUCACUUGAUACCAUUCAUGUUCUGCAAAUGGUUGCAGGAAGUGUUUGAUGUUCCCCAAGUAAUUCAGCUCACUGAUGAUGAGAAGGCAAUAUGGAAGGACUUGACAAUCGAAGACGCAAUAAAAAUGUCUUACAACAAUGCCAAAGAUAUUAUUGCGUGUGGAUUUGAUCUAAGAAAGACAUUUAUAUUUUCUGAUUUAGAACACAUUGGUAGUAAUCCAGCUUUCUAUCAAAAUAUGAUAAGGAUACAGAGGUGCGUUACUUUCAAUCAAGUAAAGGGAAUCUUUGGGUUUGGCGACAGUGAUCCUAUUGCCAAAAUAUCAUUUCCUCCGACACAAGCAGCACCUGCAUUCUCCAGCUCAUUUCCAUUCAUCUUUACAAAUGCAAAGGUGAACUGUCUGAUUCCCUGCGCCAUCGAUCAAGAUCCGUACUUUCGAAUGUCCAGAGAUGUGGCUCCAAGAAUAGGUUUCCCAAAGCCAGCCUUACUUCACUCCAUCUUCUUUCCGGCCCUCCAAGGACCUAAGACUAAAAUGUCCGCCAGUGAGAGCAACAGUGCUAUAUUCUUAAAUGACAGCGCCAAGCAGAUUAAGAAUAAAAUAAACAAGCACGCAUUUUCGGGCGGUCAAACUACUGUCGAGGAACACAGAAGAUUGGGAGGAAACUGCGAAGUCGAUAUUUCUUACCAGUGGCUGACGUUCUUCUUGGAAGAUGAUGAGAGACUUGAACAACUCAGAAAAGGUUACACCGCUGGGGAAAUUUUGACUGGUGAACUGAAGAAAGAGCUCAUCGAAGUUCUGCAACCACUGGUAGCAGCUCACCAGGAUAGGCGAAGUAAAGUCACCGAUGAAGUAGUAAAGCAAUACAUGUCACCCCGGGAUCUUGGCUUCAUCCCACAAAAAUGAAGAAGAAAUACUUCUAGGCACUAGUAUUAUAAAAACGAACGCUUAUUUAAUGGUUGCAUCGUAAAUAUUAUUUAUUGAAAUAAAAAUAAAUAAGCUACCGAACUGUG